UGUCUGCGUGUGAGUGUGCGGGCGUGCGUGCGUGUGCGCGCUUACGUUACGUGUACGCGUGCGCGCGCGACGAGUUCCCUUUUCAGUGCCUCGCGCGGAGCCGCCGCGACCUCGUCGUCGAGUUGCCACGUUCGCCGAAGGCCGAACAGCAGUUUUAAUCGGGUGGAGUGAUAGGAAAGGAGGAGAGGAGCAGCAGCAGCAGCAAAAGUCCACCGCCGCGUUUCCGUGCCCACUCAGCAUCCCGCACUCGCGUUCUCCUUUUUCCUCCCUCCCCCAUUAUUUUAUCCCUUUUUCCCCCGUGUUUUUUUUAUUUUCCACUCUCGACGCCCCGCGACGCGUGUGGAAUUACUCCAGUGGCAAGUAAUCGCGCCCGCCGAUUGACCUGUCCGUCCCUCGUCUCGGCGCGAGUGAGUUUCGAGAGAGUGUGAAAGAGAAAAGGAAGGUUCCUCCUCCUCCGUUCCUCUCGCGAGGAACUCGCGCGGUGUGGAUAAGUCGCGGUAGGAACAGAAAAUCGGAGGGAUAGCGAAGAGAACGAGCGACGCGUAUAAUCGAGAAACACAUCUCCGAACAUUCACGACUUGUGACACGCACAAGACGGCAGUCCGCGCGCACUGAAAAAUCGACCGUCGGGUCGUGGAGCGUCGGCAGUAUCCGACAGUUUCGUUAGCCAGGAGUAUAUCAUCAUCCAGAAUAAUCCCUCGCCCGUGGCAAAACGGCCGAUCGUGCGGACGUCCUCGGUACUAUCCCGGCGCGGCCGUUACGUGCGACGACAACAGCCCAAAGAUUUUCCCACCGAAGGCCAAGAUGCACAUCGAGGUGCAGGUGGCGCUUAACUUCGUGAUAUCAUAUCUCUACAAUAAACUGCCGCGUAGACGAGUCAACAUCUUUGGCGAGGAACUCGAGAAGGCGCUCAAGGACAAGUUCAAGGGCCACUGGUAUCCGGAGAAGCCGUUCAAGGGCUCGGCGUUCAGAUGCCUGAAGACCGGCGAUCCGGUCGACCCGGUGCUAGAGCGCGCCGCGAAAGAGAGCGGUGUGCCGAUCCAGGACAUCCUGGAAAAUCUGCCAGCCGAGCUCGCCGUCUGGGUUGAUCCUGGUGAGGUGAGCUACCGUAUCGGCGAGUUGAACGCCGUGAAGAUCCUCUACUCAGAGACCGGCGACCCGCAUGACGAGACCUCGGCCGAUCGCGAGGUCACCAAGACCUUUAAUCCGGAGGCGCAGUGCUUCAGGCCGAUCGAAGCCGUGAGCACGUCCUUGAGCGGUCUCAGCCUCAGUCCAAAGUCAACCUCGCCGUUUUCGAGCUCCCUCGGCAGCAACGCUAGCAAUGGCUCGUCCAAUAACCAGCAGAACGGCCACGGAUCUGGUUCCUCGUCUGCGCCCUCACCCACGCCCAUCACCAGCUCCUUCAAGGGCUCGCCCAGCCCGGUACCGGCCUUUAUCCCGCGUACCACCGCCCCGCUCACCUUUACUACCGCCACCUUCGCCCAAACCAAGUUCGGCAGCACCAAGCUCAAGACUAGCAGCAAACGCGCUAACAGGAUGUCACCCACUGAGUUCUCGAACUAUAUAAAGCAGCGCGCAGCGAUGCAGCAGCAGAUUCACCAUCACCACCAUCAUCAGCAGCAUCAGUCGCAGCAGCAGCAGCAGCAGCAGCAACAGCAGCAGCAGCAGCAGCAGCAGCAACAGCAGCAACAGGCGACCACGGCUGGUGCAGGACUGCCGGUCUCGCAGAGCUCACCGCGCAGUCGUAGCCUAUCACCCGGUAGCAUAGUCGCCGGUGCUGGACAGCAACAUACGGACCCGAGCGCGUACUUCUUCCAACAUGGCCCAGCCGCGGCCGCGGCGGCGUACCACGCGCAGUUUCCCCAUCGCAACAUCUUCGACUCGUCGGCGAGCCACGGUGGCUACCUGCCGGCCGAUCUCUACGCCGGCACCAAAUUCCCAUCAUCGUACCUCGACCCGACCACCUUGGCUGGCCAUCAGUUCUACGGCGGCGGUAUGAAUGGCACUGGCGCCGGUACUGGCGGCGCUGUAAACGGUACCACCGGCGCCGGAGCCGGUACCCAGGGCGCCGGUAGCGCCGGCACCGGUAAUCUUGGUCCAAUCGGCUCUGCGACAACCAACGGCAACGUCAACGCUGGCGCGGCCGCUGCGGCGCAGCAGCAGGACAAGAGCGCCCUGGUCGAGGGCCUCAACAACUUCGGCCUCGGCUCGGUCGCGCCCUAUCCGGCCAGCCAAUAUCAGCAUUUGCUCGUGGCCAACUAAUACCUCGCGCGUGCACAUCAAGUCGUUAAAAAAACCGCCACUGCGUCCCGUGACGGCGGUAAAAGCGUUUUUGUUUUCGGUGCCGUUGGUCCGGUGGCGGACAAAAAGGAGAGAGGGCCGUCGCCUCCGGGAUUCCGUCGUCGAGACGUUGUCCAGAGUCUGGCUUUUUAAACACGGAUGCCCAUCAGUCAAGUUGGUACCACUCUAUCUCUCCUCCCCUAAUCAGAGUGCACUGGUUAUGUGGUGUCAUGAUAUCCAUCUGUUCUCUCCCGCGAUUCCUAUCCAGACGCUUCUCCGAACGCUCUUUCGCGUUCGAUCUUUCCUAAUCCAAGAAAAGUAUCCGAGAUAUUUUGUACAUACAUUAUCAAUAGCUAUCGAUGAACGGAGAAGAGAUAGAGAGUAAACAGAGAAAGAGGGAGAGAGAGACAGCCGCCGUACGAUCAGCACCGAGGGCGAAAGCGACCGAGAUGAGGAAAGAAGGCGUGAUAGAACGGAAAUAAAGAAAAAGAGAGAAAGAAAGAGAUGUGUAUGCGUGUGGAGAUGAUGCCUGGUUCUGAGGUACGUCUGAUUGCGAGAUAACGUGUGCGUGCAGAAACGUUUUAGGCGCAUGAAGGAGAGAAGAGAAAACGGAAGGAAGCGGCUAACGGCUAACGAGAGCGUGUAUAUGUGUUAAGACCCGAUAAGGACUCGAUUGGCGAUGGCGCGAGACGCUCGUUCGAGACGGAAGCCAUCGUGUGGCUACCUACGAUACACGCAUACAUACACAACACACAUAAAACACACGCUCAAAGGUAUACGACAUACAUGUAGCACACCGGCGGACAUUCGAACGACGCGUCGAGCGCGCAUCUAGGACAGUAAAGAUACACUCGACAUAUUAUAGGAAUAACACACACAUACACACACACACACACAACACACAGAUAUACAUAUUAUACCGAUCUUCCCGUAUAUACAUCUCGUAUAACAUA